UUCGGAUUCGCUGAGACAAAAAAGGGGUCUUGGAGGGGUCUUGGACGAACUCCUUCACGGCCGAGUCGCUGCUCGGGCUAAUCGACCACAUCGAUAUCGCCCGGUUCGCGGCCGCGGCAUUCCAGGAUCCCACAACUUACCACGGCCAGAAACUAGGCAUUGCAGGUGAAGGGCUUUUGGUUCAGGAUGCGAUGGACCAGCUUUCCGAGGCUAUUGGUGACGGCAGGUCUGUCAAGGCCAAUUUUAUGACGGAUGAAGAGAUUGCUCAGGCGCAGGCCGAGGGUUCGCCGUUAGCGUUCUCCUCCGAGACGAUUAUACGGUAUAUGUCGGACCACACAAACCUAGACGAACUUCACCGUUUGCUUCCUAAGCUUACGACAUUUAGAGAAUUUCUUGAGCGUGAGAGUGGGUCCGUUAAGGAGACGUACCUUUCUUGAAAGCGAACUUUGACGAUCGUAUUUUUAAGGAUAAUAAAAGCUUGAGGGGUGAUACCUUGAAGCAGGAUCAUCCUCGAGACCUUUAGGGAAACUUAUAGUGAACUACACAGCUGUUUUCCACUUAAGAACACCGCCAACAUUGAGCAGGAGUUGAUGUGUUCGCCCUCCGAAUCCCCCCUACGCCCAAUUACAAGAAUUUCACGCUUUUCACAACUUUACAAUCGCUUCUAUUGAUGUGGAUCUAGGCCUAUGACAGUUCAGAUAAAAAUAGACACGGCGUGAAACAUUGCGGGUGGGUUGUUAGUCCUAGUUAUCUCUGUUGUCUACCUUUUGAUCAUAUCAAUAUCUGGAUAUUUCGAAGAAAAUGGGGAAAGAAUGAGACCGCUUUCCCGGAUCCCGAUACUCUAUCUGGGGUUGAAGUGUUUGGAUGUUUAACAUCAGCACUAUUUGAUCCCAAGGGGGUUGUAGGGCUGCAUCAAUUGACUCAGCUGCGAAUCUCUCACCGACCAAUCUCAACUUUCGAGCAGUCUAGGUGCUGGGUACCGAAUUUAGAUAUAUUCUUCAAAUAACACAAAACAAACACUGGGG